ACCUCCUUCCUUCCUUUCCCUUCAUACCUCAUCAGCUAAGAGACCUGCUGCUGCUGCCACCACCAUCAUCACCUCAGUCUACCCAAAUCCAAUCAAAAUGGCAGCCACUGCUGCCGUCGGCUCCUAUUUCUCCACCGCCGCCACCCCACAGCUCAGCUCGAAGCUCGUCUCCUCCGAUGCCGUCCUCCGACUCACCUGCGCUCGCCCAUCGCGCAUGCCGACCAUCACGAUUCUCGCAGAGCAUUUCUCGACACCCGUGGCGACGUCCCAGAAGUGGCGGCUCCUGAGGAUCUCGGCCGCAGUGGCCCAGGAGGAGGCCACUGCUGAGGUCCAGGAGGAGGAGGCGGAGGAGGAGAAAGAGACGAUGGAGGAGGGUGGGAAAGAAGAGGAGGUCGUAGUUGCCACUCCCGCCCCACAAAACACCAAGCUCUACUUUGGCAACCUGCCUUAUAAUUGCGACAGUGCCCAAUUGGCUGGGAUCAUCCAACAGUAUGCAAACCCGGAGAUGGUUGAGGUACUUUAUGACAGGGAUACUGGAAGGAGUCGAGGAUUUGCAUUUGUAACUAUGAGCUCUGUUGAAGAUUGUGAAGCAGUCAUCCAGAAUCUUGAUGGAAGUCAAUAUUCUGGGCGAACCUUGAGGGUAAACUUUUCAGACAAACCCAAGCCCAAAGAGCCCUUGUACCCUGAAACCGACUACAAGCUCUUCGUGGGUAAUCUAUCUUGGUCGGUUACAUCUGAAAGCUUGACCCAAGUGUUUCAGGACUAUGGUAAUGUGGUCGGAGCUCGAGUUCUUUAUGAUGGAGACUCCGGCCGAUCUCGUGGUUAUGGCUUUGUAUGCUACUCGACCAAGGAAGAGAUGGAUGCUGCUCUCCAAUACCUCAAUGGAGCAGAGCUAGAAGGCCGAGCUAUGCGAGUUAGCUUGGCUCUAGGAAAGAAGUCAUAAAUGAAAUCUUGGAUUGAAGAUAUUUGAAGCAAGCUUCCAACAAUAACGUAUAUGGGAGGUCGGAUUUGCUCCAAAGCAUUGAAAGGGAGAUCCUUUACUUUUUCAAUAUUACAUUUGUCAUCCAUUUCGCAAAUCCCACUAGAUUGCAGGGAUGGCGGCAGCUAUAUUGUGCUGAAAUUUGGUUGUAUCAAAUGAGAACUACCUCCGGUUAUCUUUAGAUAGUCUGGGAUUAGUAUGGUAUGCUGCGGCACUUGGAAACAUUUUUUUUUAAACACCAUCGUGUUUACUUUCCUGCAGUACAGGAAAGAAAUGAUUGAAAGAAA